AGUCUGUCUGACCCCAGUGCAGCUGUUACCAAGCGCAGGGUCGGAAUCUAUUCUGUCAAAGUGUCAGCCCUGCGCUUCCUGCUCUCAUUUCUGACGAAAUACUCAGCUAGCUUAGUCGGCUAGCUGGACUGCGCGUCUAACCUGCGUUGGUUUCCCCACCCCAGAGGUGUUUUAUCGUUGGGUUCGUUACUGAUCGGGCGCCGGGAUGGCGUUUUUGGAGAAGCAGUCCCCGGGAAGGGUGCUGUUGGAUGAUACGGUGGCCCUUACAGCGCUGAUCGAGGCCAGCCAAAAUCUAAAUUCUCACACGGAAUACAUCAUCCGAGUACAGAGGGGUGUGACUACAGAAAACAGUUGGCAGGUCAUAAAGCGAUACAGUGACUUUGAUAUGCUGAAUAGCAGUUUGUUGGUCUCUGGCGUCAGCUUACCUCUACCACCUAAGAAGUUGCUAGGUAACAUGGACAGGGAGUUCAUAGCAGAGAGACAGAGAGGACUACAGGUCUACCUAGACUUUAUUACCCAGCAUCACAUCCUAGCCACCUGCCAACUGGUCAAGAAGUUCCUCGACACCAACAACUACUCUGCCAACUACACAGAAAUCGCCUUACAGCAGGUGUCCAUGUUCUUCAGGUCAGAUCCCAAGUGGGAGGUGGUGGAGCCUUUGAAAGACAUCGGCUGGAGGAUACGGAAGAAAUAUUUCUUAAUCAAAAACAAAGAUCAACCCAAGGAACGACAAGUGUUGAGUUGGGUUGAUUUGGGUCCAGAUAAAUUCCUGUCAGACAAAGAUCUUCAGUCGACCAUGAAGCUCCUACCCAGCCAGUCUAAUCCGUACAUCUACCCGGUGACGUUUGCCAGCACCAGUGAGUUGUCUGCUCUGGUCAUCAGGAUGUUUAACGAAAAAGGCACUCUGAGGGAUCACAUAUGUAAGGUGAAGCCCAAAGAGGCCUUUAUGAGGAAGUACUGCAACCCCAGGAAGAUCCAGGGGCUGGAGCUGCAGCAGAUCAGGACUUUCGGACGACAGAUUCUGGAGGUUCUGAAGUUCCUCCAUGACAGGGGCUUUCCAUACGGCCACCUCCAUGCCUCUAACAUAGUGAUAGAAGACAACACAUGUAAAAUACUGGACAUAGAGAACAGCCUACUGGGCCUGCCCUCGUACUACCGGCCAUACAUCACACAGUUCAGGAAAAUCAACACGACAGAGAGUAUAGAUGUAUACUCGUUUGGACACUUACUGUAUGAAAUGACGUACGGAAGACCACCCGAUGCUGUACCUGUCGACCAGUACCCUCCUGUACCUUACACCUCAGUGGUGUCUGUGCUGCAAUCCAUCCUGUCCACAGAGGCCUGUAAGACUGGGAUGCCCACUGUUGCACAACUGAUGCAGACACCGCUGUUCAGCGAUGUGCUGCUGUUUCACUCAGAAAAACUCCAGUUCAAGAUCCCCACCAAAUUAAGAGACGCCUUGAAAACUGCCAAAGAGUGCAUGGAAAAGAGACUCCAGGAACAGCAGAAAAUGAACCAGCAGCACAGGAGGCUGACCAGAGCUCAGUCCCACCACGGCUCAGAGGAGGAGAAGAGGAGGAGAAAGAUACUGGCUAGAAAGAAGUCCAGACAGUCGGCCUAUGAGAACGAGGAGGAUCUCUCUGUGAAGUACAACAACAACUCUGGUUCAGGAGCCAGCUCCCCCCCCACCUCUCCCUCGUCCCCCACCCCUCCUCACACUAAAGGAGUUGCACCACCGCCACCACCACCUCCUCCUCCUCCAAGUGCUAAUCCUGGCCAGUCCCACGCCCCUCCACAUCCUCCUCCCCUUGGGUCAGGUCCUCCUCCUGCUAACGGUGUGGGGCGUGGUGCCCUCCUCAGCUCCAUCACGUCAUUCAGUAUAGGCAAACUGAAGAAAGCAGUGACCGUCGACCCCAACAUCCAACACUCUGAAGAGUAUCGCUCAUCCUUCUCAUCCUGACCCUGUGGUUCGAGCCACCCCUAAAGGUUACCUGUCAUCCUCCCCCUGUGGUUCGAGCCACCCCUAAAGGUUACCUGCCAUCCUGACCCUGUGGUUCGAGCCACCCCUAAAGGUUACCUGUCAUCCUCCCCCUGUGGUUCGAGCCACCCCUAAAGGUUACCUGUCAUCCUCCCCCUGUGGUCCCAGCCACCCCUAAAGGUUACCUGUCAUCCUCCCCCUGUGGUUCGAGCCACCCCUAAAGGUUACCUGUCGUCCUGCUCAUUCACUUUUUUGCUCCUUUCGUUUUUUUGCUUCUAAAUUUCGUUCCCGUCCGAUGAGUUAACCCCCAGCCCCGCCCCUUUAAGGUUUGAGGUAGGGGACGGGGCAUCAACUCCUGUCCAAUAGAGCCGCCUGGUUGGUUCUCCCUUUAGCACAAAAAUGACUGGUCAGUGGACUCUACAGGUGGUUUAAAGGGGGAUUUAAAGAUGAGGUGGCAUCAGCCAAGUCUGGUGUCUAUCUGGUGGACUGCAGUGAAUGACUGAUGAUUUCAGUGGAGCGUGUUUCUUUUUAUUUACCAACCCUUAUUUGUCAAUACAGCGAAAUGACCUGAAUGGAACGUACAAGCAACUGUGAGGGAAGUGAUUCAGAAAGCAAGCACAUGAACCACACGUGUUUCAGAGGGACUGGGACUCUGACCUGACAUCCACCAACCAACAGCGACUAUGAAAGAACUGUCAGUUUCGACCACAGUGAGACGACAAAAUGAAAGAACUGUCAGUCUGUAUUAUGUGUAUUGAAUUUGGACAGUUGUGUACUUCAAUGUUUAUCGUAUCUGUAUUCUUGAUUUUUUUCCUCUUCGCUUUUUGUUGUCUUGGAAUGAAUGGAAGGAGAUGUGAUGCUGUUGGACUGUCUGUGUUGCUUACGUCUAUGUGCCACAUUCAUCUCUGUGCCUGCGUCAAUACCUGGUCUGCUUCCCAAAUGGCAUCCUGUUUCCUUUAUAGUGCACUACUUAGUAGUAGUGCGCUAUAUAGGGAAUAGGGUGCCAUUUCAAACGCACACAUAGAUUCAAAAAUCAUGGAUGCUGCAAGGAUUAAAACCUCCCAGAUUACCCAUGGCCGCUUGUUUAGUAAAUGAGGACCACCAGAAAUCUGUCAUCAUUCAGUAUGCAAAAUAAUUAACCCAAAUGAUAUGACAUACUGUACUUACUGGUAUUAAAUCAGUAACAAGUUAAGAUUCAAAUACCUUUUAAAAGAUUGUUUUGCCUUUUCCUCUCCAAAAUAGCAGUGUAAAGUUGUUGAAGAAUUGACCAUUUCUCUGCUGCACUUUACCGAUAGGGAGGGGUUUUCUCAAUGAUCCAGGAUUGACACACAACUGUGAGCAGUUUACUGGGAGAAUGUAUCUGAAUGGAUUCUGGUGUUUACAAUAAAUAAUCCUAAUCCUGAAAUGAGUUAAUUUUGCUAAUCUGUUUGUUAAACUGUUAUUGAUCAUCACAAUCUGACGUUGACCAUCAUGUACCUCUGCUACAUUCAACCACUGUCAGAGGCACUGAAGGGACACCCUCAUUCUGUCUGAAAAGCAAAGUUACAAUCUGCAGAACUGUCUGAAAUGCUUUGUCUUGUCAACAUUUACAAGAUUAACCUGUUCUGAAGAUUGAUACAUUCAGGACAAUUACUAAUUGGCUGCGUUUACACAGGCCACCCAAUUCUGAUCUUUUGCCAAUAAUUUGUAUUUUGACCAAUCAGAUCAGAUCCUUUGCCAAUAAUUGGGCAAAAAAAUAAGAACUGUGCUGCCUGUGUAAACGCAGCCAUCGAGUUUUAAUAAUAUAUCUUACUUAUUGUUACCAGCUCUUUACAUCACCAACAGUGGUGAGCACUUGUAUGUAACAAUACCCAGAAUACAUUUCCCCUCCAUUAUGUCAUUUUAUCCAAUUCCACCUCUCUCGCUCUGUUUGUCCAGUUCAGGGUCUGAGUGAGGCUUCAGUAUGACAUUAAUUCUGUGUUCAUUUGGCAGCCGUUUCUCCAAUCCAUCAUCGCUGGCUGCCAACCUUUCUGAUUUGCACUGCUGAAUAUGGAGUUUUCAAGUAAAUACUAUACCGCCUUUUGGCAGUAUGGAGUAACAACAUGUUGACAGGAAAACAAAAGUAUUUUAUGAUUGAAGAUGACUGCACUUUAAGAUGAAGUUACUAAUAUUUUCCAAACUCUUUUUGAGUUUGGGUGGGGGGGGUUGUAUGAAACAUAUUUUGUCCGUCUGCUGCAUUAAAACAUUAAAAAUCCAUAACUGUUUGGGGUUUGUAUGUUUGACCCUGCACAGCUGUGUCUUAAAAACAAUCCAAUGUUAUCUACAUUGCCGUAUUAUACUUAUUUUAUUAAAAUCAUGGACUGAAA